GAGAUAGGCGCUCCGACGGACCCCGGAUUUCUCUGAAACCCGGAAUGUGAGGCCUUGGCCGGCCUCUCUCCUGCUUUCUGCCCCGCUUUUUACCCGGGAUUGUGUCUGCCGCUGUACUCCAGCUUGCCCCAGGAGUAGCCAGGGCGGCCGUGCCCUUCUGUUGUGUGCCCGCGUGGCUGCCGCCGCCCCUCCGAAUCCUCCGGGGCCGCAGAGGAGUUCGCUACGGAGGGAGGCGGGGGCCUUCGGGAGGAGGAGGCGGAGGAGGCGGAGGAGGGAAGAAAGAUGGCGGCCGUGGAACUAGAGUGGAUCCCAGAGACUCUCUAUAACACCGCCAUCUCCGCUGUCGUAGACAACUACACCCGCUCCCGCCGAGACAUCCGCUCCUUGCCCGAGAACAUCCAGUUCGAUGUUUACUACAAGCUUUACCAACAGGGACGCCUGUGUCAGCUGGGCAGUGAAUUUUGUGAGUUGGAAGUUUUUGCUAAAGUAUUGAGAGCUUUGGAUAAAAGACAUUUGCUUCAUCAUUGUUUCCAGGCUUUGAUGGAUCAUGGUGUGAAAGUUGCUUCAGUCUUGGCCUACUCAUUCAGUAGACGGUGCUCUUAUAUUGCAGAAUCAGAUGCUGCAGUAAAAGAAAAAGCUAUUCAGGUUGGCUUUGUUCUAGGUGGCUUUCUUUCAGAUGCAGGCUGGUAUAGUGAUGCUGAGAAAGUUUUUCUGUCCUGCUAUCAGUUGUGUACUAUACAUGAUGAGAUGCUUCAUUGGUUUCGUGCAGUAGAAUGUUGUGUGAGGUUGCUUCAUGUGCGAAACGGAAAUUGCAAAUAUCAUUUGGGUGAAGAAACAUUUAAGUUAGCUCAGACAUUUAUGGAUAAACUGUCAAAACACGGCCAGCAAGCAAACAAAGCUGCACUCUAUGGAGAAUUGUGUGCACUCCUGUUUGCUAAAAGUCACUAUGAUGAGGCAUACAAAUGGUGCAUUGAAGCAAUGAAAGAAAUCACAGCUGGCUUGCCGGUCAAAGUUGUGGUAGAUGUUUUAAGACAAGCUUCUAAGGCUUGUGUGGUAAAGCGUGAAUUUAAGAAGGCAGAACAGUUAAUUAAACAUGCAGUGUAUUUGGCCCGGGAUCAUUUUGGAUCCAAACACCCAAAAUAUUCUGAUACGCUGUUAGAUUAUGGGUUCUACUUGCUCAAUGUAGAUAAUAUAUGUCAGUCUGUUGCAAUUUAUCAGGCAGCCCUUGACAUUCGGCAGUCGGUGUUUGGUGGCAAAAAUAUCCAUGUAGCAACAGCUCAUGAAGACUUGGCUUAUUCUUCUUAUGUUCACCAGUAUAGUUCUGGGAAAUUUGACAAUGCACUAUUUCAUGCAGAAAGAGCUAUUGGUAUCAUUACCCACAUCCUACCUGAAGAUCAUCUUCUUUUGGCUUCUUCAAAGAGGGUGAAAGCACUUAUUUUAGAAGAGAUUGCCAUUGACUGUCAUAAUAAGGAAACUGAACAGAGGCUGCUUCAAGAAGCUCAUGAUUUACACCUGUCUUCACUCCAACUAGCUAAAAAAGCUUUCGGGGAAUUUAAUGUACAGACUGCAAAACACUAUGGAAACCUUGGAAGACUUUACCAGUCAAUGAGAAAAUUUAAGGAAGCUGAAGAAAUGCACAUCAAAGCAAUUCAGAUUAAAGAGCAACUUCUUGGUCAAGAAGAUUAUGAAGUAGCCCUUUCAGUCGGACAUCUGGCUUCUUUAUAUAAUUAUGACAUGAAUCAAUAUGAAAAUGCUGAGAAACUUUAUUUGCGAUCUAUAGCUAUUGGGAAGAAACUUUUUGGUGAAGGCUACAGUGGACUAGAGUAUGAUUACCGAGGUCUCAUUAAACUUUACAACUCCAUUGGAAAUUAUGAGAAAGUGUUUGAAUAUCACAACGUUCUGUCUAACUGGAACCGGUUGCGAGAUCGGCAGUAUUCGGUGACCGAUGCUCUUGAAGAUGUCAACACCAGCCCCCAGUCCACUGAAGAAGUGGUGCAAUCCUUCCUGAUUUCUCAGAAUGUUGAGGGACCGAGCUGCUGAGGGAGGACUUCAGUUAACCAAUUUACCUUUUCUCAGAUUCCAGGGAAUUCAUACUGUGAAAUCAAAACCAUGUUGUUUUUUGGGGCUGGAAUUUGCAUAGAAACACUGGUCCAGUCCAUUGAAGACCCUAUUUGGGUGAUCCCUAUCUUGCAGAGUGUCCGUAGGAAUAAGCAUAUAUUCAGUUAUAUUCAGCAUGUACCGCAUGUAUAAGUAGUCUGGCCCAUAUUUUCAACCUAGUAGAACAAAAACAGAAAAAAAAAUUUUUUUCUUUUUUAAAAUAACUCAUUUUGCAGAAAGCCUGAAAGGAAAAAGAACCCCUAAAUAAAACUAUUUAAGAGUUUAAAAGAGUUGCAUUCUUCUUAUGUAAGGAUGAUUUUAACAACUUUUUAACAUAUAAUUCUUCCAUGUGGAGGUAUUCAAUACUGUAUUGUAAAGAAAUUUUAUGGGGAAAAUCUUUAUAUGCAGUAUAGAAAAGUUAAUACAAAUACUAAUAAAAGAGGGACAUCCUGACUGAAGUUUGGCUACCUUGCCCAGAGAAGUGGACAGAACCACUUCAGAGGUACAAGGUAUCAUACAAGGGAAGGAUGUCAGAUUCAUCUGAACUGGACCAGUGUUGAUCAGUAAGUAAGAUCUGAUAGGCCAGCAGUUUUAACUUUUUUUUUUUUUGGUACAGCAAUGCAAGAUGCUCUGAUAGUAUUUACUAACAGGACCAGAAGGAUCUGAAAAGGACCAGCCUAAUGGAGAAGGUGGUUAUUUGGACCAGAGGCUUUAGAUUAUUAUUUUAGCCCCUGUGUAUGCUUUUUACAGUAGAGUGAUUUCAUUUAGAUGUAUAAGGAGAAAUCAUAAUGCAAAAAUUAUAUUCCGGUAAUAGAUACCAAACUAGGGAAAUUUGGCAAUUUUAAUGGCAUAUCUUUAGUCAAGAUACACAGAUGGCAGUGCCCUGUACAAGUCUAUAAAUAUCUGCUGCUGUCACCCCUGUCAUUUUAAACGUUAACUUAGUAAUCAAUGCAGUUAACAAGUAUAUUGGCUAAGAGUCAUAAAAUAACUCAUGUCCAUGGGUGGGGAUUUUAGGUUACUAUAUGGUUUCUGGGGAUUAAUGGAAAAAUGAAUGCCCAAAAAAUACAGUAAGUCUCUUAGAAAUCCUUCGUUUUUAUGGUAAAUAAUAGUACAACUCCGUCAUUUUAGUUGAAAUCAAGGAGUCAAAUGAACAAUUCCCUAAUGAUAUAUCUAUUCCACUGUCUUUAUGUUUAUUGGGUUUUGAUUUUAUUCUUUUUUUUUAAGCCAGUCAGAUUAUUUAAUGUUGAGGUAAUAUUCAAAUUUGAGAAGUUGUGAUACAUAGCAGUUUAAGAAACAAAAAGGUUUUUUGCUGUUACCUCAAUUCUUAUUAUAGUGGCUCAUUUGAUGCCUCUAUAGUUAAGAUUCUGAGUUUUCCCCCCUAUUUUCAGGGGUUCAUGACUUGGCUGUUAGAGAUGUUGCUCCUGGCUAAAGCUUGGAGUAGUUGGGUGAGUGGGUGUGUGUUGAAUUUUGGUUUUCGUUUAACUUGCACGUUGGGUGGGAGGAGAAAAAAAUCUAAACUGAGUGCAGAAAAAUGAAUUGGAGAUUUUGAAAUAAAAUUUGAUUGUAAGCAUUUUUUGAACUACCCUAAUAUAACCUUGUUUAAAACUGUUAUUUGCAGUCUUGUUAGUUUUGAGCCUAUGCUUUCAAGUCCCCAGGAAGGGAUUGAUUGGGAGAUGUGCCUAAGGAGAUGAAGCAAGCCUAGACCCUAAGAUAUAGCUAUGUGAAAUAGAAACCUGGAUUUAUUCUUUAAAUUGAGUUAUUUUCUUUUUUAACUUCGGAAAGAGUAAAUUGGCUCACCUGCAGUUUGUGAAGCUUGCCCCUCUCCCGGUUGUUGCCAUCUAAUGCCAAGAGGCACCUCUGUAUUAAUUACCAAAUAGUCUGAGUGACCAAGGACUAACAUUUUUAAGUUACUCAGCUCUAUCCUCAUGGGCCUAUAUAUUUAAUACCUCCAAAGAUAUUUUCAGGAUAGGCUUUGUAUACUUUUGUUGGUUAUUUAGAGUCCUGUGGUAUGUCUGUGGUAUAGGAAUGUCAUGGUAAAUUGUUUUUCAAUAAAUAUUUCGAAACUUCUGUUUCCAUAUGAAGUUUAUUGUUGUUGUUUUUUAAUUUUUUUUUUUGUUUGCACAUUUAGCACUUCCUAGGAUAAAAUCAAGCAAAUGACUUAUGUAUGGCCUCAUCCUUCCUAAUUCAAUCUGAACUCAAUUUAGCUCACACUCAGUGAUAAAACAAGAUAUUUUGAAGCCUAGGAUCACAAGGUGGCAAUGUCAAAUGACAGCCAGUUUUUGUUUUUUUGUUUUGGUAUCAUCAUUGUUGACAGUUUCCCCUCAUCAGCACUGCUUUAAUAUAGUUUUCUGUAAAUUCAUACACCUUGAUUUAAUGCAGACACUCUAGUUUGAGAAGAGAGAUCGCCAGUUUCUGUUAGUGAUAUGAUUUUAAUAUGCUGUUAUUUCUGGUUCUAAUGAAGAGUAAUAUCCUAAUAAUUUUAAGUGUGGGACUUACCUUUUUGGUGGGGAUGCUUGGGAUAAGUUAGAUGUUAUGGGGAUUAAAAAAACUCAAUAAAAUGUACCUCACAAUAACCAAUAGCUUGCACAGACGGUAGAGUUAUAUGUAAGGAAGUCCAGGCCAACUUGAAGAUUUUUCUGGAGGUUCAGCAAAAGUAAUAUUAAACCUGGAAAGUUUGGUCUCAUUCUUCCCUGGCUUUCAUUUCUUUUCUCCUAUCCCGUUAUUUUCCUCAAGUUUGGUGCUACUCAGGCCACGUGCAUUGUGGAGCUGUUACCACUUGCAUAGCCACACAGUGGUCAGUCUCGCCUGCGAUCAGUUUAAUGGAACCAUUUGGAUUUGUUAGACCAUAAUCUUUAUGGGACCCCAAAGCUGUGCCGAAAGCAUUAGGAGUCUUAUUACCAUCAAAUCUCUGUCUCUGCUUGGUUAAAAAUGAACUCACUAUAGCUUUGUAGUAAUCUCUGCCCUGGUAUGCUUUCAUUUGUGAAAAUGAAGGAUUUGUCAAAGACCUGUUUGGAAGAGUUCAUAAUUUUGUAAAAAUUAAGUACAGAGGCUGCAGUCUUAAGGGUGCCAUUUGGCUGCUCCUUGUAGUGCAAACAGAAUGUUGGACAGUAAACACAUGCCUAAAACAUUGAAGCUUUUGGCCAAAACUAUAAAGAAUGAUUUGCUGAGAAGCAAGUAUCGUAACCUGCCACUCAGCUUUUAUGUUUCUCCCAGGAUUUGUAGCCUUGCUGCUUCCAAGCUGUUCUUUUUCUGGAUGGCAAAGUUACUACUGGAAAGGUACUCACUUAUAAGUACAAAUUUUUUUUAGAAUUUUAUUUUUGCUUAAAAAAAU